AUGAUUGACGAACAGGGGUAUGGAGAUCGACACUCAGCGGCGGCAGUAGGCGGCUCCACCACUUCUUCCUCUUCUGUUUCGUUCGUCCGGCAGCAAACCCAGAUGGAGAAAGCAUGGUGGUUCCGUUGUGACACCGUGACGGGGGAGGCUGUUAGGACCGAUAGAAAGAGAUCAUAUUCUAAGAUGGAACACCAUCAUAUUGCAAUUCAGAUUCCAGUCACAAAUCACCAUCUCCCAGAACUGGAAAUGACCAUUAUAGACCUGCAAAGGACAUUGACUGCUCCGGUUCCACUGAGUAACUGUUUAAGAUCUAUCAAGAAUCAUGCCUUCACUGCAUCCGAAUACCCUGUUGUAAUUACCCUAGAAGACCACCUUACUCCAGAUCUUCAGGCUAAAGUAGCUAAGAUGGUUACUGAAACAUUUGGGGAAAUGCUAUUUACUCCUAAAAAAGAGAGUUUAGCAGAAUUUCUGUCACCUGAAUCUUUAAAAAGAAGGUUCAUUAUAUCUACUAAACCUCCUAAAGAAUACGUUAAAGCAAAAGAAGCUAAGCCAAGUGGAAACAGUUCACAGAAAGAGCAGGAUUCAUCUGUUGAAAAGGGGCACUCUAAAUAUUAUGAAGAUUCAGAUUGUGUUCGGAUAAUUUGA